CAUCAUCAGUAUCAAGUCCAGGCAAACCUGUAGACGCACAAAAUAUAGAUACACAUGGAAUUAAGGAAAAAAAGACUAUGGCAAAAAAUAAUCAAAAUAAAGAAUUGAAAAAUUCAAAAACCUCAAAAAAUGAAACCUUACCUACUGCACGAUUAUCUGAUUUAGGAGGAAUCGAUGCUUGUAUAGAAGAAGUUUUGGAAUUAGUAGCAAUGCCAUUGGCCCAUCCAGAAAUAUAUUUACACACUGGCGUUCAACCACCAAGAGGAAUUUUAUUGCACGGACCUCCAGGAUGUGGGAAAACAUUACUUGCAAACGCCAUUGCUGGGGAAUUAGGGGUACAGUUUAUUAGCAUUUCUGCGCCAUCUGUAGUAUCUGGAAUGUCUGGAGAGUCUGAAAAGAAAAUUAGAGAUGUUUUUAAAGAAGCUAAGAAAAAAGCACCGUGUCUUAUUUUUAUUGACGAAAUUGAUGCUAUCACUCCAAAAAGAGAAACAGCUCAGCGGGAGAUGGAAAGACGAAUAGUCGCACAGCUGCUAACAUGCAUGGAUGAUCUUUCGUGGGAUAAAACAGACAACAAGCCUAUAUUAAUUAUUGGUGCGACAAAUAGACCAGAUUCACUUGAUCCGGCACUUCGUCGUGCCGGAAGAUUUGAUAGAGAAAUUAGUAUAGGAGUUCCAGACGAGCAAUCACGAGAAAAGAUUUUAAAAGUAAUUGCAUCAAAAUUAAAACUCUCUGGGGACUUUGACUAUAAAACACUUGCAAAAUUAACACCUGGGUAUGUAGGAGCUGAUCUAAAUGCAUUGACGGCUGCAGCUGGUGUUAUAGCUGUCAAGCGAAUAUUCACAAAAUUAAGUGAAAAUAACUGUGUCAUGGAUGAAGAUUUGUCUGCAAUGCACAUAGAUGGAAAGCAGGAUUCUAUUGUAUCGGAUGGUUUAAGUACCCCAUUUGAAGAUCAAUCUCCUUCAGAUCAAAUGCGUUCAAUAUCCAUUUUUCUUAAAAAUCAUCCCGACCCACUUACGGAAGAGGAACUUGAACCUCUUAGUAUCACUAAUGAUGACUUUUUUCAGGCACUUUCAAAAGUUCAACCUUCAUCUAAGCGGGAGGGAUUUGCUACAGUACCUGAUGUUUCUUGGUCUGAUAUUGGUGCAUUAAGAUUUGUGAGAGAUGAAUUAAGAAUGGCAAUAGUUGAACCGAUUAAACAUCCAGAAUUAUUCAAAAAAGUUGGAAUAACAGCGCCUUCUGGAGUUUUGUUAUGGGGACCACCUGGAUGUGGAAAGACGCUCUUGGCCAAGGCAGUGGCCAACGAGAGUCAUAUAAACUUUAUUUCAGUUAAGGGGCCAGAGUUGCUAAACAAGUAUGUUGGUGAGAGCGAACGUGGCAUCCGACAAGUUUUUAAUCGCGCCAGAGCAUCAUCACCAUGCUCUGAAACUUCGGCGCGUAUCGUUAACACACUGUUGACUGAAUUAGAUGGGUUAGAAAAUCGAAAACAAGUUUAUAUUAUUGCAGCUACAAAUAGGCCAGAUAUUAUUGACCCUGCAAUGAUGCGUCCUGGACGUCUGGACAAGCUUUUAUAUGUAGGGUUACCUACAGCAUCUGAACGAUAUGAAAUCUUAAAAACUUUAACAAAACAGACCCCCUUAGACGACGUUUCAUUAGAAAAAAUUGCCGAAGAUGAAAGAUGUUCUAAUUUCAGUGGCGCGGAUUUGGCGUCCCUAGUCCGUGAAGCUGCAGUUGCAGCAUUACGAACUACUCUUUAUUCACAAAAUGAAAUCUCGGUAGAUGGCAUAAUAAAACCCGAGAGUGAACUUUACGUAACUUCAAUACAUUUUGAAAUGUCAUUUUCUAAAAUAUCACCAAGCGUGUCUAAGCUAGAUAAACUAAGAUAUGAUUCAUUGAAAACGAAGUUUGGUUAUUCAUAUUGA